AUGGUGCUAAAGCUCCCCGAGGUGAUCCCCCUGUUGGACAGCGACAAGAUCCUAGUCUUUGGCCCGAGGAGGAGUGUGGGGAUGCUUCGCUUUAAGGAACGCGAUGGAGAAAACUUCGCCCAGCUCCGAGAGAGGAUGUGGAAAGUUGUGAGGGCUAUCGCGCAAGCCAAGGUAAGCUUCCCCAGCGCGAAAGAUGUUGGAGAAGAGAAGGUUGCGUGGGUGGCGUUUGUCAAGACCAAAACCGCCCGAAGCCGCACCGCGCACAUAAGCAUGGUCAGACGCGUGGUUAUUGCGCUCGCCUCUGAGGUCAAGGAUGACGGGGGUGGUGUGUUGAACUUGGACCAUACACUCCAGUCUUCUUACGAUAUGGAUUGGAACGCAGGCACCAUUUGGUGCGGACCUCAGAAGAUUGCGUCCGCGACUCACAGGGCUCCCCGCGGGGUUGAAGUUAUCACUAUGUCCGGUGGCUGGGUGGACCUUGACUCAGUUGGACUGGUGACAGGCUGCUCGGUGGACGUGGCGAAACGAGCCUUCGAGCUCGAGCUGUGA